AUGCGGAAGGAAGUGAUUAGAGAUGGCAUAUUAGGAGCAUCUGAGUUGCGAGGCCCUAUGAAUUACAAGUAUAAUGUUUUGAAAUCAGCUACAAAAAAUUUUAGUGAAGAAAACAAAUUAGGUGAAGGAGGCUUUGGUGAGGUAUAUAAGGGUAUUCUUAAGAAUGGGAGAGUAGUUGCAGUGAAGAAGCUAGUCAUAGGCCAAUCCCGCAGAGAAAAGGCAGAUUUCGAAAGUGAGGUCAAGCUUAUAAGUAAUGUUCAUCACAGGAAUCUUAUUCGUCUUCUUGGAUGCUGUAGCAAAGGACCAAAACUACUUCUCGUUUAUGAAUACAUGGCAAACAACAGCCUUGACAAAUGCUUAUUUGGUGAAAGAAGGACCAUUCUCAACUGGAAACAACGUAAUGAUAUUAUAGUUGGCACAGCUAGUGGUCUUGCUUAUCUACAUGAGCAAUUCCAUGUAUGUAUCAUUCACAGAGAUAUAAAAACCAGCAAUAUUCUUCUUGAUAACGACAUGCAGCCCAAAAUUGCAGAUUUUGGGUUGGCAAGACUUUUGCCAGAGGAUCAAAGUCAUCUCAGCACCAAUUUCGCAAGAACAAUGGGAUACACAGCACCAGAGUAUGCAAUCCAAGGUCAAUUAUCAGAGAAGGUUGAUGCAUACAGCUUUGGCGUUGUUGCCCUUGAAAUUGUUAGUGGCCAAAAGAUUACCGAUGUGAAUUUUGAUGCUGACAGCGAAUAUCUACUUGAACGGGCCUGGAGACUGUAUGUGAAUGAUAUGCACUUGGAGUUGGUGGACGAUAAUUUAGCUCCAGAUGAGUAUAAAGCAGAAGAUGUGAAGAAAAUUAUAGAGAUAGGCCUCAUGUGCACUCAAGCAUCAGCUUCCUUGAGACCCACAAUGUCUGAAGUCGUCGUUUUGCUCAAAAGCAAGGGCCCUCUGGAGCAUAGCCCGCAAAAUAGAACUGCCUUUGUUGAUUCUGAUACAAGAGUAGUCCAUGGAGACACAACCACCUCCAACGGCUCCUCUAGUUCCAAUGCCACUGCCUCCAACUCUCAGCUCUCUGGUCGUUGAGUUGUAAAUGUGCAAAAUUUUGA